AUGGGUGUGAAGGAUAAUGGAAUUUUGCAAACGGUAACGGGGUGGCCCGCUAUUCGUUUGGGUUUGGAGUGCAUUUAUCUCGGCUUGUGGCAGCUACUUCAACUUGCAAUCAGAAGGUUAUGGAAAGGACGGCGCAGAAAACUAUCCCCUAGUGCUUCUCCUGUAGAACUUAGAGUGGAUUCGUCCAUAGGUAGACAUUGUUACAUAAAAAUUAUGGGAGUGAAAUAUCACUACGUAGAAACCGGAACAAAAUCUGGACAAUUGAUUUUGAUCCUGGGAGAUGCUCCAGAUACGGCUAACUUGUGGGUGCCGUCGUGGUCUUCGGCGGUUCGACGAAUGGCUGAAAAUGACUACCACAUUGUCACACUCGAUCUUCGCGGGUCUGGGGGGAGCGAAGGCGGCAGCCGGCGAGAUCUAACUCCACCUAAGGCUGUAGAGGAGUUGACCGCUUUAUUAAAAGCGCUGGGAGUGUCUGAGAGCCAUCCUGCAAUUGUUAUCGGGUUUGGAAUCGGGGGACUACUUACUUGGUACUUAGGACAUUGCCACGGAUCGAUGGUGAGCAAGUUCAUAGUGGCCGGAGCACCGCACCCCAAUCUUUACUGGCAACACCCACCGUCUCCUUUCUGCCUUGGCUCCCUGCAUUUCAUUCAGUGGCCUCACUUCCCGGAACGAUGGCUUGCGGAGAGCGAGACUCGGGGCGACACGAAAUGGGCGAGUUCCCGCGCGAGGGACUGGAGCGGAGCUCUCAACUACGUACGAGGAGCCGCCUGGUAUCGCGUCCACCCCGAGCACAAAGUGCAAGCGCGCGGUUUGCUGAUCGGGACUAAAGACAGUGCCGCGCAGCUCGUAGCCAGUGCUCAGUACUGCGCUAGUCCAGCGCUCAGGCUGGUCGCGAAGCCGGAGCCGGCUGAUAAGGAUAUACCACCUCUCGUCCUAGAUUUUAUAAUAGGCAAAAAGAAGCAAGUCGAAGAGAUCCCGCGCGGUCUCGUCACGCGAAUGUUGGGUGCCGUGGCCGACCGGGGAAGAGAACUCACCGCCCGUCUAGCUCUCCCGGCGAACGCCUGA